AUGUCAGACAUUAUCAGAAGUUGUAAGGCGGUGACGACUGCAUCGAGUUUGCCUCCCCCGGCUACGACGUCAGCUGCCACUACUCCAGCACAGGUGCACGCCAUAGCGGUUUGUCCCCGGGUCUCCCAUGCACCGGCGUCAUCAGAGUCGUCAGUGGCGCAGCCUGUUAGCGCCAGGCGGCGUCACCGCCCCCCCAGCAUGACCGACACCACUUCGACCUCCGCUGCUGGUGCGUCGGAGUCACAACCAGCCAAGAAGCACACCCGGGGACCUUGUCGCCAGUUGAAGACCGCAAAGGUUACCCGGGUGAUCAACAGUCGUAUCAACAUCGAAUACGACGAGCGGCAUCGGGCUGCACCAACAGCGGACCAGCAUAGCUCAUUGGCCCACGACAUUGGUCACAUCGUUUGGACCCAUUGCCCGAUGAAAUGGAAGUCUUGGAAGGCCAUGCCUGACGAGAUGAACUACAAUUUGGAGGACCUUGACGACGAGAUGUUGGCAUACAUCAAUAGACUCUUUACUGAGAGGCAUAAGCAGUGGAAGAGCGACCUGCACCACCAUUUUCAGACAUAUGAUAAUCAGCAGACAACGAUGAUGGAGAAGAGCCAGUCGGUUUUUCAGGAGUCCGCCUCCCAGCUUCCUCCCAAUACGCCGCUUGAGUCUGUGGAUCCUCCACAUGAUGCAGGGUUACAGAUACUGACGAAAACCUUGGAUCAGACUCUCGGGAGGCGCCCAGGGACAUAUUCUCCUUAG